AUGUGCAAAGACGCUCACUCCAUCUUGCAGAACAUAGUCUCCGCUCUCGUCAACUCCAACUACGUCGGCACCGUCUCCUUCUUUGCCUAUGGCGACACCAACCGCAUUCCGCUGCCCAUCCAACACGCCCUCUUCAGCACCGCCGUCGCUCUCAACCACAUCCCCGCCAAUGUAAAAGAUAGGGACAAGAAGAUCCUAGACAAUCCCGUCCCCGCUAACUAUUUGAUCAUAUCUGACUACAGAGGCCUCUCACCGCGCUUUACCAACUCAGCAUGCGAAGGUACAACAUUCUCCUCGUGUAUCUGCCCAAGUUUCUCCCUCCCUCUUCGUCGCCGCCAAAGUCGUUUGGCCGGCGGUGGCCCUCUCCACGUUGUCGAUUCCGACUCUGCCUUCGCCUCUUUUAAACCCACCCCUCUCCCUGAACAGUUGACUCCAAAUCGGAAAAGGAAAAGGGAUUAG